UAAAUUGAUCCAUUUGCCAGCCUCUUUUUUCCUAUAAAAGCAACGGUGCGGGAGAUAAACGUCAUUUCUCGUUCUCCAAACGCAGCACCAUGAAGUUCCAACUCUUUUUCCUCAUCGCCGCUUUGGUUGUGUACGUUUCAGCCGAACACGAUUGGACGUGCCAAAAGGGUGUGAGCUACAUUGAAAACGACUGCAACAAUUGUCAGUGUAUCGAUGGUGGAUUAGCGUGCGCCAGGAGCGCCUGCGUCCAUGAAGAGCACAACGAGAUGGUUAAGUGUACCGAAUUUGGAAAAGAGUUCGUGCGUGGCUGCAACACCUGCGUAUGCACAGAGAAGUACCACACCGUGUGCACCAACGAGAAAUGCCACGACUAAAGUCAGACGUACGCUUUGCAUCUCAUAAACUAAACUUGUAACAGAAGAAUCCUCAUCACCAAUUUGGCCUAUCAAAAUCUUGUUUUACUCUCAAAACUUUCACAAUAGAAUGUUUCAAUAAAUAAACUGAAAAGAAG